UCCAAUCCAAUGGCUCCGACAACCCCAUCCCCUUCAUCUCCAAAGCUUGUCAGCUUAAUCCGCGGUACGCAUGCACCCCAAGACAUUCAGAAGAAGUUGCGGCUUAAGAAAUAUAAAUCGAUGGAGGAUAUAAUGGCAAGGGCAAGGUACGUCGUGCUUGAAAAGGAGGAUUAUAGUAACACCCUGUGUGAAAAAUGCGGCUCCGGUGACAACCCAGAUGAACUCAUUUUAUGCGAUAGAUGUGAUGGCGGUUUCCACAUGAAAUGUGUGAGACCAAUUCUUGCAAGAAUUCCAAUUGGACAAUGGAUUUGCCCCAACUGUUCAGGCACAAAGAAAGAAACAAAGUUCACUGAAAGGAGAAUUCUAGAAUUUUUCGGAAUUCGAAGGGUGGAUUUCAGAAAUGUUUCUUCCCCUCAUGAUGCUAGGAGGCGUCGGAGACGUCAAAGACCUCUUGUGUUACAAAAGAAAAGCAGGAGAAUUUUACCAUUUGUUCCUACAAAAGAUCUUGAUAGGAGACUGAAACAAAUGGCUUCUCUUGCUUCUGCUUUAACAUCUUUGAAUAUGGAGUUCAGUAAUCACCUCACUUACUUUCCAGGAAUGGCUCCUAGGUCUGCUAACCAAUCAUCUUUAGAAAAUGGUGGCAUGCAGAUUCUUACUAAGGAAGAUCAUGAGACCAUAGAACGUUGCACAACAAUGAUUAAACAAGGCGAAUUUCCUCCCUUGAUGGUCGUUUACGAUUCAUGUCAAGGCUAUACUGUGGAGGCUGAUGGCCCAAUCAAAAAAAUGACAUUUAUUGCAGAAUACACAGGAGAUGUUGAUUAUCUAAAGAAAAGAGAAUCUGAUGAUUGCGACAGUAUAAUGACGCUGCUUCUUGCAGAAGAAAGUGCUUCUAGUCUUGUUAUUUGUGCUGAUAAACGCGCAAACAUUUCUCGUUUUAUCAGUGGCAUCAACAACCAUAACCCGGAAGGUAAGAAGAAGCAAAACUGCAAAUGUGUCAGAUAUGCUGUUGACGGCGAAUCUCGAGUAUUUUUGGUUGCUAUCCGAGAUAUUUCGGAAGGCGAAAAAUUAUAUUAUGACUACAAUGGUUUCGAGUAUCAAUACCCGACACAUAAUUUUGUCUGA